AUGACAGCUUCGCGGCAGCAACGUCGACAACGCUCAGGCCCUUGGCUGGCCACCAACAACACUGGCAUCUUCUACCGCCCCGAGGCCCACAUCGACCGCCGUUCGCCAUCAACAGACUGCUUCCCUACACCGCUCAUCAGCCCUAGACGAUCGAGACCGCACGCUAUACACGUCGUCACUUAUCCAUCUGGAUACGUGCCCCGCGAAUUGCGGCCCGACGCAAAAACCAAUAGGGAAAGAUCGCAAAGGAGCCGCGGCGAAAGACCACCAAGAUCGAGCCCCGACUCGGAAGUGCCGUUGGCGUUUUCCGGCGCCACAUACCCCGGCAUUGGCCAGAGCAGCAGCAUUAACAGCAGCCGCCGCAGCAGCAAGAUAUUCCAUCACAAGAGAAACGGCUCGUCGACAUCCUCGUCGCAAAUUUUCAGACCCGCUCUAGGAAAACUCAUUGCGUCGAUUUCAGGACGGUCACCAAACAACACCGAGGCCUCGCAACCACGCCAACCACUACCGACACAAGCGACACCAGCACCAGGGCGGGCGCAGGUACAGACACACUCCGCUGUCCCCGCGACGACACUAUCGGCAUCGGCAGGGGUGCUGGCGUCCCCGGCCUAUGACGACGCCCGUCAAGACUCGGCAGCCCAGAUUCCACACCAGCCCCACCACCACCUGUCUCCCCCAGGCCUCUCGCCUCAUCGGCCAUCCCACCCACACCCUUCGGACGAAAUGGCUGUGGCCAGCAGUAAUCCUCCGGCUGCAUACAACAUUGCAAGUCACCGGAAUAGCCUCAUGUCUGUCCGCUCCGCAAAGUCGGCCGUCACAUCACUUGUGACCGAGGUCCCCAAGCCCGUUGCCAGUGGUAGCGGCGUCUCCUGCUCAAUACUCCUGGCUGAGCGCAACAUCUUCCUCACCGGCUUUGAUCACGACGGCCAUGUGCACCGCGAUGGCCAGACUGGCACCGCCCUCUUACGUGGAAAGCUGCAGCUGAACGUGACCAAGAAUGUCAAGAUCAAGGCAAUCCAGCUCAAGCUCCUGGGGCGUGCCCGCACCGAGUGGCCCGAGGGCAUCCCUCCCCUGAAGCAGGACGUCUGUGAGGAGGAAAGCUUGAGGACGCAGGUCUUGACAUUUUUCAAUGCCAUGCACGACGGCUGGGAGGGUGAAUAUGGCAACCAGUGCACGUACAAGUUGAAGUCCAGUUCAGCAAACUCGAGUAGCACAAACCUUGCCGUACCCCAGGCACCCCAUCGUCCAGUCAGCCUCCUGCUCUCGUCAUCCUCACGAAAUGGCUUGACUGCCAAGGAGCUUAAGAGACUUUCAUUGCAGAAUACGCAGUCGCGCAGCUUUGGCAAGAGCGAGAACGGAGUGGCCACGACAACUCAAGUCAAGGGCUUCAAGGUGUUCUAUCCAGGCACUUAUAACUAUACCUUUGAGCUCCCUAUUGAUCAUCACCAGUUAGAGACAACCAAGUUGCAAUAUGGCUCAGUAAAAUGGGAGCUCCAUGCGAGUGUGGAUCGCGCCGGUGCGUUCAAGCCCAACUUGCAUGGCACCAAGGAAGUUUCCAUUGUGCGAUUGCCAGAUCAAAUGUCUCUGGAGACAACCGAACCAAUUUCCAUAUCGAGACAAUGGGAAGACCAACUUCAUUAUGACAUCGUCAUCUCUGGGAAGAGCUUCCCUAUCGGCUCAAAGAUCCCGAUUGCUUUCAAGCUCACGCCACUUGCCAAGGUGCAAUUGCACAAGUUGAAGGUAUACGUGACGGAGUCAAUUGAGUACUGGACAAAUGAUAAACGCGUCACGAGAAAGGAUCCGGGACGCAAGAUUCUCCUCCUCGAGAAGACAGCAGGCAAACCACUUGAUGCCAACUGGGCCACGUCAGAUCUCACCACCGUUCGCGGCGGCGAGCUUCAGCCCGAACAACGCCGCCAGGCCAGAGAUAUUGCGAAUUUGAGGCGCGCACGGGAUGCGCAAAGACGCGGCAGGGCUGCUGAACCGCUCCCCGAACCGACUAACAACUUGCUCGGUGAUCUUGACCUUGGCUUGGAGCACAUGUGGGGGUCUACAGAGAUAGAGGCAAACGUUCAGCUUCCAACAUGCCAAAUGAUGGCGAAGAACAAGGAUCUCAGGCUCAAUCCAGACUGUAGCUGGAAAAAUGUCAACGUCUAUCACUGGAUCAAGAUCGUUCUGAGAAUCAGCCGCAUAGACCCCGAGGACCCAUCAGGGAAGAAACGCCGACAUUUUGAAAUCAGCAUCGACUCGCCCUUCACAGUGCUCAAUUGCCGGGCAACGCAGGCUAACACGAACCUGCCAGCAUACGCUGGCCCCAACAACAAUCAAACGCCUCAUCAGUCAGUAUGUGGCUGCCCCGACUCGGCCUCAUUGCCGUGCGAAGGCUCGCAAAACUCAUCCACCGGCACGUUGCCUGGAACGGAGUUGAGCAAUGACGGUUUCCCGCUGCCGCCCCAAGCUGCUCACCUUGCGCACUCAGCAAUGAGCCCCAUGUCCAGCAUCAGUAGUCCCCUGCGGUCGGUGGAUGAUUUGGGCACUCAAGGCGAGCCGCGGCCAAUUCACUUGUUACGCGUGCCCAGCUUCAAUCCACCCGCGUUUGACGACGAUACAGCGCCGCCACCGCUUCUCGUCAACGAAGUUCAAGGGGCAGCAAACGCUCCUGUCAUGACACCACCUCCUCAAUAUGAUGCUGUGGUGGGAACCCCGAGCGUGGAUGGUUUGGCUGAUUACUUUACUCGUCUUGCCAACGCAGGCUACGGGAAUGAAGAUGACAACGACUCUGGAUCGGAUGAUUCUGACGAGUUGCCUACGAGGAUAUUAGAUCGGACCGGGCGAGUCAACGUGGCACACCCUAGAACCCCGGGAAGUCGGAUGCCCAGCCGAAGUUUUGAAAUUUCGCGACCUCCGGUCAACUUGCACCUUGGGGACUUGCCAACCCGGCCUGGUAUAAACAAUGAAGCUAAUGCCGUUAACUGA